AUGCCACAGAGUGCUGGUACAGGGCCGACGACUCGGCUAAAGAAAAAGUGGAUGUCCACUCGCUACGCAACUGCCAUUUCGCAUAUCCUUCCGUCUCAGCACCGGGCCACCAUAUAUCUUGGGGAAACAUCUUUCCACACGUUUACUGCCUUUGGCAGUAUCACCCAGCGAGCGCAGUUUCAAUAUAACGACGCGGUGAAGAAUCUAAGGAUCUUGAAAGUCAACCGCUACAAGAAUGAUCUGAAGACUCAAACCGAUAUUGCGGGGGCUUUGUGGAUGUAUCGCUCGAUCAAAAGAAGUAUGGUUCGGACUAUGAAACUUGGCUUCGGGGAAACAAACGAUCGCAAUAAAGAUUCUGAGGACCUAAUCAAGACGAAAGAGGAAUGGUACGAAUGCUUGCGCGCACUGAGAGAGGCUGCGGAUCUCCUGAUCAAAUGGGAUUGGGCGCCAGAUGUGGACGAUGCGAAUGAAUUUCUGCGGCGCUUUACCCUUGACCGGAAUCCUGAAAUCGAGAAGGAAUAUGCUGCCUGGAAGGAGGCUCAUACACCUACAGUUUGCCAAAUAGCUUUCCUUACGGCAUUACAACAAUUGGAAGCAGGACUCGCAUCUAUGAACUACUAUCGGAAGUUCGUGCCACAUUUCUCCGCCAUUGCGAGACCGCUGAAUAUUCCUUAA